ACAUUUAAGUACAAAAGGCCUAUAUCCUAUAACGUCAAAUACCACACCACCUCUAGAAUCACCUGAGUCGUGUGUAUUGGUACAAGUGCACUUGGUCGCCCGACAUGGGGCAAGAUAUCCCACUGCUAAUGACGUUAAAAAGUUCGAUAUACUAGAUAGUUUAUUCGCUAAUAUUCCUUUGGCAAAAGAUUGGCGAAAUCCAUUUAAUUAUUCAAAAGCAGGACUCCUUACUGGUCGAGGAGAACAUGAACUAUACUUGUUGGGUAAAAGAGCUCGUCAGCG